AUGACUCCGUUCUGGCUAGUCUAUAGAAAGGCUUAUCACCUUCUGGUAGAGGUGAAACACAAGGCUUAUUGGGCUGCGAAGGAAUGUAACUCAGAAUUGGGAGGAGUCGGAAUUGAAAGGAAAUUGCAACUGCAAGAAUUGGAGUGCAUUCGUCUUAAAGCUUAUGAAAACUCAAGGCUCUACAAAGAAAAGGUGAAAGUGGUACAUGACAAGAACAUCAAGAGGAGAAAGUUUAGAGUUGGGGAUCAAGUCCUUCUCUAUAACUCAAGGUUGCGAUUAUUGCCGGGCAAACUGAGGUCAAGGUGGGAUGGACCAUAUGUGGUAGAAAAGGUUGAACCGUAUGGAGUUGUCCACUUGAGUAACCCCUCAAGCCCUACCUUCUUCAAGUCAAUGGCCACGGUUUAA